CUCCCUUAAACCGAAUGAGAAGCGCUCUCUGAUUGACCGGGGGAGGUUGGCGGUACUUCCUCCCUUUGGUUAUAUGUAAAACGUGCUGUUGCCUUGUGUGAGCAGCUAGCUAUAGCUAGCUAGGUCAAUCCAGGAAAGGGUCGACCGUUAAAAAGCUGACUGAGACCAACUGGGAAACUGUGUUCAUUCACUCGCUAAACGGAGGAGGCGGCGAACUAACGCUAGCAUAGCUAGCUAUCUGCAUCAAAUUUUAAGAUGUCCCACUCAUCACGAAGCUCCUCGCGCAACACUGACUGCAAGGUGUAUGUGGGUGACCUAGGCAACGGUGCUGCCAAGGGGGAGUUGGAGCGGGCGUUCAGCUACUAUGGACCUCUGCGCAGCGUCUGGGUGGCCAGGAACCCGCCUGGCUUUGCCUUCGUCGAGUACGAAGAUCCCAGAGAUGCUGAGGAUGCGACGAAGGGCAUGGACGGCAAAGUGCUCUGUGGUUCCCGCAUAAGAGUGGAGUUGUCAACGGGUAUGUCUCGCAAGUCACGCUACGGCCGCCCCAGCCGUCGGCACUUUGACCCCAACGACCGCUGCUACCAAUGUGGCGAGAGCGGCCAUUAUGCAUAUGACUGCUCUCGCUUUGGCAAGAGGGGAGGAGGCCGCCGCCGCAGCAGGUCCCGCUCACGAUCUCGCUCAAGGUCCAGGGGAAGGCGUUACCGCUCACGCAGCCGAAGUAAUGACCGUGACCGGCGUAAUAGAUCCCCAUCAUACUCAAAGCGCAGAAGCAGAUCUGGGUCCCCAGCACGUUCUAAGUCCAGAAGUCCAGUGCACAGAUCCAGGACCCCAGUCCGUCGAUCCAGGACCCCAGUCCGUCGGUCGAGGACUCCAGUGCGCAGAUCAGUAAGUCGCUCCCAUUCCCGGUCAGUGUCCCGCCCCAGGGCGCGGAGCGUCUCCAGAUCUCGCUCCAGGUCCCGCUCAGCCACCACCAAGAGGAACAGGUCGUGCUCCACUGAAAAUGCGAAUUGUCUUCCUGCCUUGUUUCAGCCGAUCCAGGUCUCCCAGCCAGAGGAAAAGCCCCAUACCUGAUGCUGACUGACCAUGGGGGCGAAACCGCUUCAUUCCCUCCUAUCCCUAUUUGCCUCAGGGCUUGAAGCCAUUUUACACAUUUGUCCAUUUGUAUUUUGAUUUCUUUCUCCUCCUGUCAUUUACUUUAUUUAUCCCUUGGUGUUCAUCCUCUGGCUUUGGAAUUAUUUAAUCUGUAUGUACAACAGAUUCCCAAGCGAUCCUUUUUCCAUGUACAUUUCAAUGGCUCUUUUUACAGUGGUGAGAAAUGUUUUUAGCUUUCUGUGCAUUUUUAAUUUGUUAGUCUUUGCCCAGUGUUUGUUGCAUUUUUUUUUUUUUUUACAGAUAUAUUGGGCAAUAUAGCAGUUCCAGUCGAGUGCAUUGAAGUGUACUCCGCUGUACUAGAAGCAGAAUGAUUUAGGGUUUUAUUUCAUUUAAUGUAAAUGGCGGUAUCUUUUUAAUAAAAUGAAUCUUUACACACUA